AUGACCCUGCACGAGACCAUUGCUAUUUAUGCAUGCGCCAUCUUCACGGUUGGUUCUACGUCGCCCUUGCACCACUCGACUGCGGAGACGAGGGUACAGGAAAUGCACGGCCACCGCUGUCAGUGCGUCGUGGCUUCCAUAGCCGCGUUUGUGGUCAUCGGCCUGGUGGGGGCCCUCGUGUCGAAAUGGACCUCGGCCACGGAGACCAGACGCAUUAAGCUCUGCAACUCUCUGGCCUGCGACAAAUACGCUCAGCAUAUCCUACUGCAGGUGAACCGAUCUUUGGAUCCCUGCAAGGACUUCAGCAAAUACGCUUGCUCGGCGUGGAAUCCUCCGUGGACCAGGGCAGACUACGCCACGUCAAGCAUCACCCAGCUCAUCCGUGCCUGGUUCGACGGCUUUGGCGUCCGUCUGCUCAAUGCCUCAAAGCACGGUUUCGCUGUCGCUGACGGGCCUGCUGCCAUGCUACGGGCUUGCCUGAUGCACACCACCAAGGCCGGCGUGCCGGGCAUACGAGAGCUACGCGAGCUGAUGGCCUCUGUCCACCUCAACUGGCCCGAUCCGCCUGAUGAUGACGCGAGCCCGCUGGGAGUCCUGCUGCGGCUAGCCUAUAGUUUCGGAGUACGAACCUGGUUUACCGUCCGUGUGUACUGGCGUAACAGCAGUCAUAUCCGCACCGUACAUCUCAGCGCUGCCGACACCAUCAGCUUCGCCGUGAAACACCACAGGCGUGUGACGACAUCGAAAGCGUACGAGCUUUUGUGGGAAGCGUUCUAUUACCGCUUCCAGCAAUUCGGGAACGGAAGCACUUCGCCGAAGUACGCGGCCAUAGGGAUAUCUGCGGUGAUGCAGACCUUCGUCGUUGAGCAUAUCUUCCAGGCCAAGACAAAGGCGACAGGCGGUCCCGCGUGUUUCCCUAUGUCCGCCCUGGAUAAGUACACAGCUAACAUUUCAUCCGAGGAGUGGGUCACUGAGAUGGACAAGGUGAUCCCUCGGGCCCAUGUGACUGCUUCGGACAACAUCAGUGUGAGCGAUCUUGCGGUUCUCGAGGCUAUCGAUGCGAUCUUCAAGUCCUUCACUCGCCACGACAUUUUGGACUUAUUGGGCUGGCAGCUUCCGCAGUUGUACGGUCCUCUGGUUGACCCGGUGCUUAGGAAGGCGUACUUUGGAGACGAGGAGCACACCGCGAUCUACCUCCCUUACGUGUGCGCGAGUCAGGUUGAGGCAUCAUACCCGGGCUUGCCGGCCGCGCUGCACUACCUCACACGCCUCGAUCACUCAGCGCGGAAUGCCGUCAGGAUGACCCUGGAGAGGGUGGCCACCACCAUGGCCGACUUAGUAGAAGGCGUCUCGUGGCUGGACGAGGCAAAGAAGGUUGCGGCGUCAGCUAAGCUUCGAAGAGUGAAAGUCCGUCUGUGGCCUCCUCUGUGGAUGCUCGAAAAAGAAGCCCUAACUCGCAUCUACUCUCACUUCCCGGUCAACGCCACUUCACUGGUAGAUUUCCUGAAGCUCUCCCGAAGAACGUUAAGGAAGCUCAUUGAGUCUGAGCCCGAGUUCGAGGAGGUGCUGUCGAGUCCGCUGAGUGACUCACUGCCUUACUUCAGCUACGACCAAGCCCUCAAUGAGGUGUCCAUAUCGGCAGGCGCUGUCCAGUUCCCGCUUUUUGUCCCCGGAGGCACUGCAGUGAUGAACUACGCGGGACUGGGCUUCUCGUUCGCGCUGCAGUUGGUGCGGUCUCUCGACAGCCUUAGCCGCACGGUGACGACUGAGCGGCGCUGCACAGACACCGACGACGACACCUUCUCAUCGUUAACAUCUGCGCUUCCCCAGAGGUCUACGUGUCUCGCCCCGGUUUACAACGGCAGCUUCUUUUCAGAGGCGGUAGCCUUGGAGGCCACUCACGCCGCAUUUGUCAACACUGUCAGUGGUGCUCAUGACGACGGGCGUCUAGACAAGGAGCUCUCUAAUGAGCAAAUCUUCUACAUCGCACUGUGCUACUUCCAGUGCGGCCGUCAGGGAGGCCCACACAGUUUUUUCAUUGGAUGCAAUAAGGCGGUUAUGCACUUCCCGGAUUUCGCGGAUGCCUUUAGGUGUCCUGUCGGGUCUCGCAUGCACCCCAGCGGCAGCUGUGGCUUGUUCUGA